CACGACCUGCUGCCCGCGCGCGGCACGGAAAUUGGCGCGAAGCCUCCCGUCCUGCUGGCUUUACGACGCGAUCACGCCUGGGCCGCUUCCCUCGCUGGUAGAAUCGCUGCUGCCCCGGCGUCUGGCUCCUGUACCGCGCGCAGGAGGCACGCGCACACCACCGUGGCCGGCCAGGGCCACAACCUGGGCCCUGGCGUGGCGUGCGCGCCCGCCUGGCCGAGGCAAGCAGGGUCUGCACGCCGUCCUGGGGCCCGCGGAGGCUCUGGCCAGGCAUCGCGGCGAUGCACAGAUGCCUUCUUCGGAGGCGCGCAGACAUGGAUCAGCGAUCCAUGGAUCUGGCGCGCGGUCGCCUCAUCCAUGGAUCGGGAGAGGUGCCCUCCUCAAAAGGCGGCCGGUGCCGCCUCGCUCAGCGGCGGAAAUCCAGGAUUUCCCAUGGAAGCGGGACCCGUCGCCAGUCCACGCCGCCUCAAUCCAUAUGUGCGAUCGCCUGCCUCCUGCAGAUGAGAGGCACGAGAAAACAGCAUGCACCGCGGGGCGGGCACCGAGCCCGCCGCCCCGAGGGCGCGCGCGCCCCGGCGGCCGAGCUCGCAGAGGGCGUGGCGCCCCCUUCGGCGCCGGCGCCUCUCUCACUGUAAGUGCGCGAGCGGGGGCCGCGGCGGCAAGGCUGGCACCAGGGAUGGACAGACCUCCCUUCGGUAAAUCGGGAGCGGCCAAGAGGGGAGUGUCCAAGAGGGGGGGGUGCAAAUC